UCGAGAGUGUGUUCGUCCGCUAGCCGGCCCGGAAAAAGAGGACCAGAGUCUCUGGAGCCCGCGUACCCCUAGCUCUCAGGAGGAGCCCAGCGCUAAGAGCGAGGAAAAAUAAAAAUGACUGGGCGAGCCAGAGCCAGAGCGAGAGGAAGGGCCCGAGGUCAGGAGACGGUACAACAUGUUGGUGGUGCUGCUAGUCAGCAGCCUGGUUAUAGUCAGCCUAGACCCCAGCAGCCACCGGCAGAGGGGGAAUUAGUUGGCCGUGGACGACAGAGAGGAGGAACAGUAGGAGCAACAGCCAAGUCACAAGAACUUCAGAUAUCUGCUGGAUUUCAGGAGUUAUCAUUAGCAGAGAGAGGAGGUCGUCGUAGAGAUUUUCAUGAUCUUGGUGUGAAUACAAGACAGAACCUAGACCAUGUUAAAGAAUCAAAAACAGGUUCUUCAGGCAUUAUAGUGAGGUUAAGUACUAACCAUUUCCGAUUGACAUCACGUCCCCAGUGGGCCUUAUAUCAGUAUCACAUUGACUAUAACCCACUGAUGGAAGCCAGACGACUUCGUUCAGCUCUUCUUUUUCAACACGAAGAUCUAAUUGGAAGGUGUCAUGCUUUUGAUGGAACAAUAUUAUUUUUACCUAAAAGACUACAGCACAAGGUUACUGAAGUUUUUAGUCAGACCCGAAAUGGAGAGCACGUGAGGAUUACAAUUACUUUAACAAAUGAACUUCCACCCACAUCACCAACUUGUUUGCAGUUCUAUAAUAUUAUUUUCAGGAGGCUUUUGAAAAUCAUGAAUUUGCAACAAAUUGGACGGAAUUAUUAUAACCCAAGUGAUCCCAUUGAUAUUCCAAAUCAUAGGUUGGUGAUUUGGCCUGGCUUCACUACUUCUAUUCUUCAGUAUGAAAACAACAUCAUGCUUUGCACUGAUGUUAGUCAUAAAGUCCUUCGAAGUGAGACUGUUCUAGAUUUCAUGUUCAACUUUUAUCAUCAAACUGAAGAACAUAAAUUUCAAGAACAAGUUUCUAAGGAACUAAUAGGUUUAAUUGUUCUUACCAAGUAUAACAAUAAAACAUACAGAGUAGAUGAUAUUGAUUGGGACCAGAAUCCAAAGAGCACCUUUAAAAAAGCUGACGGCUCUGAAGUCAGCUUCUUAGAGUAUUACAGGAAGCAAUAUAACCAAGAGAUCACCGACUUGAAGCAGCCAGUCUUGGUCAGCCAGCCCAAGAGAAGGAGAGGCCCUGGGGGCACAUUGCCAGGCCCUGCAAUGCUCAUUCCUGAGCUCUGCUACCUUACAGGUCUGACUGAUAAAAUGCGUAAUGAUUUUAAUGUAAUGAAAGAUUUAGCUGUUCAUACAAGACUGACUCCAGAACAAAGGCAACGUGAAGUAGGAAGACUCAUUGAUUAUAUUCAUAAAGAUGAUAAUGUGCAAAGGGAGCUUCGAGACUGGGGUUUGAGCUUUGACUCCAACUUACUGUCCUUCUCAGGAAGAAUUUUGCAAGCAGAAAAGAUUCACCAAGGUGGAAAAACAUUUGAUUACAAUCCACAAUUUGCAGAUUGGUCAAAAGAAACAAGAGGUGCACCAUUAAUUAGCGUUAAGCCACUAGAUAACUGGUUAUUGAUCUAUACUAGAAGAAAUUACGAAGCAGCCAAUUCACUGAUACAAAAUCUAUUUAAAGUUACACCAGCAAUGGGAAUACAAAUGAAAAAAGCAAUAAUGAUUGAAGUAGAUGAUAGAACUGAAGCCUAUCUGAGAGUCUUACAGCAAAAGGUUACAUCAGAUACCCAGAUAGUUGUUUGUCUGUUGUCAAGUAAUCGGAAGGACAAAUAUGAUGCUAUUAAGAAAUACUUAUGUACAGAUUGUCCUACACCAAGUCAGUGUGUGGUAGCCCGAACCUUAGGCAAACAGCAAACCGUCAUGGCCAUUGCUACAAAGAUUGCCCUGCAAAUGAAUUGCAAGAUGGGAGGAGAGCUUUGGAGGGUUGAUAUGCCUCUGAAGCUAGCAAUGAUAGUUGGCAUUGAUUGCUACCAUGACACUACAGCUGGACGGAGGUCAAUUGCAGGAUUCGUUGCCAGCAUCAAUGAAGGAAUGACCCGCUGGUUCUCGCGAUGCGUAUUUCAAGAUAGAGGACAAGAGCUAGUGGAUGGGCUCAAAGUCUGCUUGCAAGCUGCUCUGAGGGCUUGGAAUAGCUGCAAUGAAUACAUGCCUAGUCGAAUUAUUGUGUAUCGGGAUGGUGUAGGAGAUGGUCAGCUUAAAACAUUGGUUAACUACGAAGUACCACAGUUUUUGGAUUGCCUAAAAUCUGUCGGUAGGGGUUACAACCCAAGACUAACAGUAAUUGUGGUGAAGAAACGAGUGAAUGCCAGAUUUUUUGCUCAGUCUGGAGGAAGACUUCAAAAUCCACUUCCUGGAACAGUUAUUGAUGUAGAGGUUACCAGACCAGAAUGGUACGAUUUUUUUAUCGUGAGCCAGGCUGUGAGAAGUGGUAGUGUUUCUCCCACACAUUAUAAUGUCAUCUAUGAUAGCAGUGGCCUGAAGCCAGACCACAUACAGCGGUUGACUUAUAAGCUAUGUCAUAUCUAUUAUAACUGGCCAGGUGUCAUUCGUGUUCCUGCUCCUUGCCAGUAUGCGCACAAACUGGCUUUCCUUGUUGGCCAGAGUAUUCACAGAGAACCAAAUCUGUCGCUGUCAAAUCGUCUUUACUACCUCUAACCUACAGAAGAAGACAAGAUGUAACUGUCUUUUCUUAAAAUUAUAACUUUGGGAUUUUUGUAAGCUUUUAUUUUUUUAACUGUUAUCUUUCUAGAUGAAACUUGGGAAGGGAAUUAGAAGAUCUCAGAAUUUUAUUUGUAAGAUUGCUAUUCACUGACUUCUUAUUUUAUAGGUAAAAAUUAAGAUUUUAUAUUUUAUCUUGUUUCUCAUAAGUCAUGAGGAUUUUUGUUUGUUUUGACAAAAUGGAAAAGUACUUUGUAUUUAUAAACAGACUCUAAAAGUAUUUGAAAAGUGUUUGGGGGUUUUCUUAACUACUUCAGUAGUUUUCUUUCACUACUUCCAGGAGUGAGCAAGUCCUACUUACAAACCUAUAUUAACUUUAUUUUUUAAAUAUUUAUUUUGAAUUUAAAGGAGAGAAGGCAUAAAGUACAAUGGUGGGUAGGGUUUUAUUUGAGUAUUUGAUACCUCAUAUUUUAAAGAUAGAAACUACCAAUAAAUAACCUAUACAUAAGACAGAGAGGGAAAUAUGCUCAUUUUUUAAUUUCUUUUCAAGGGCUAGAUGAUAUGGGGUAAAAAAAGAUAGUUUUUAAUUUCUGUUCAAAGAAACAUUUUAAGACUCUUUAACAAAAGAGGCCAAUAUUGAAGGUCUAUAUUAUAAUAUAUUACUAUUUAUUUUGUUUUGCCAUUAGGACGCCAUUCUAUUUGUUACAAAAUAAAAUUGAAGUGAUUGUUAACCUUA